GGGCCGCCGCGAGACGCGAGUGAGAGAGAGAGAGAGAGAGAGAAGAGGGGCGAGAUGUGUCUAUAAAAGAGCUCAGCCCCCAGAGCGCUCACCAUUUACUCUCGCUGCAGCUGCCUUUGCUCAAGAUGCAGCCAUUCGCGACGUGGAUUACGAUUUGCUGUUGCGCGGCGGUAGCCGUAGCGCAGUUCAACGGCGGGCCCGUGCAAUUCGGCCCCGCGCCCACCGCCGCCAGGGCCCAGCCCCAGCGCCACCAGCAGGCCCCCCAGCAGCUCAGGGCCCAGCCAGCCCCCGUCCAGCACCAGCCCUCUGCUUUCCAGGCUCCACGUUUCCAGGCGCCUCAGUUCGCGGUGCCGCAGGGCUUCCGUGUGUCUUCUGAGGAGCAGGAGGAGUACCGUGCGCCGGUGAGGGCGGCACCCCGGCCUCAACAGGCUGCGCCGAGCAUCCCGCAGUACCAGGCUUCGUACGCCGCGCCGGCCCCCAAGAAGCCCUCUGGCGCGCCCAAGGGCCGUGGCGCCCCGUCCAAGAACCUAGCCGCGCUGGCCGCCGAGUUUGAAGAGGAAGAGGAGGAAGAGGAGGAGGCGCGUCCCGACAGACUGCAGGAGCUGCUGCCCAAGAGCAAGUUCGAAUGCGACAAAAAGACCACCGGAUACUAUGCUGACGAGGGGCUUGGAUGCGAGGUCUUCCAUUACUGCCAGGAGGGUGCCAAGCACUCCUGGGUCUGCCCUGAUGGAUUCACCUUCCACCAGGUUCAUUUAAUCUGCAUGCCGCCAUCGCACGACAACAUCUGCGCGCAGAGCUCGCAGUACUUCUUCGUGAACGACUACCUGUACCAGCCAGUGAACGCCGAGGAGGUUGCCAGGAAGCCCAACACGACCCUUCGUUACUCCGACAGGUACUACCCUGAAAACGAUUACCCUGAGCAGCCCGCCGCCUCCAGGCCAGUCUCCAAGCAGGCUCAGCAGCAGCACCAGCAGCAGCAGGUGCAGCAGCAGAGGCGGCCCGCUCCCGCCCCCGCGCGCAACCAGGUCUUCCACACUCCUGAGGCCGUCAACAUCCCCCUGCAGCAGCGCAGGGUGCCCACCCCCGUGCAGGCCGCCCCCGCCAGGCAGCAGCAGCAGCAGCAGGCGUACGACACCGAGGAGUACGAAUACGACGACUUCCCCUACAGGCAGCAGGGAUAAAUAAAUUCUUUCAAGGGAGGGGAGGGGAUUCAGGGCAGCCGCUGUAGUUGAUUUAGAAAUUGUGAUCUGAUCAAAGUUCGUGUGAUGCUGCCCGCGCGUCUCUAUUGUUAAUUUAUUUUCUAAGGAAACUGCUCUCAACCGUCAAAUGAGACGGACUGUACAUAAAUGAAAAAAGAGAGAGAGAGCAUCCCGUGUCUGUUUUAAUUCUCAAAAUAAAGACAAAUAAAAAUGUGUGUCAAAUCUAA